AUGGCUUCCAGGCAACCAGAGGAUGAUGCACAAGAAGGCCCGGAACCGGUGACGACGCCUCACGCCGACGCAGUAAAGAUCAUCCCUUCGCCGCCCCUCGAGACCAGGUGGCCACCGUUCGCGCUCCGCCGGUACGCCGGCGGCUUCUGGUUGCCGGAGGUCACAGUGAAGGAGGGCUUGCCAGCCGUCCAUUCCUGCUUCGUGCCAAGGCCCUCCGACGUGAUCCUCGCAAGCUUCCCCAAGUCCGGCACCACCUGGCUCAAGGCGCUCGCCUUCGCGACGCUGAAGCGGUCCACACACCCGCCGUCCGACGGCAACCACCCGCUGCGCCAUCGCAGCCCCCACGAGUGCGUUCGGUUCCUCGGGAUCGAACUCAACGACAAGAACAAGGACGAGUUUGAGGCGCUCCCGUCCCCACGCGUGCUGGCCACGCACCUCCCCUACUCCCUGUUGCCUGGCAGCAUCACCGGGGACGGGGAGCGCUCGGGGUGCCGGAUCAUGUACGUCUGCCGGGAACCCAAGGAUGCGUUGGUCUCCUACUGGCUGUUCACUAGGAAGGCGGCGCUGGCGAGGGGAGUUAACGUCCGGUCGUUCACCAUCCAGGAGGCGUUGGAGCUGUUCUGCGAUGGCCGCUGUCCGGGUGGCCCGCAGUGGCAGCACGUCCUCCAGUACUGGGAAGAGAGCGUGAGCAGGCCUGACAAGGUGCUGUUCCUUAGGUACGAGGAGAUGCUGCUUGAGCCUGAGAUGCAUGUGAGGAAGCUAGCGAAGUUCAUUGGUUGUGAAUUUUCCGGCGUGGAGGAGGAGGGCGAGGUGGUGAGCGCCAUCGUGGAGCUGUGUAGCCUGGGCAAGCUGAGGGACAUGGAGGUGAACAGAAAUGGAAGCACUAGGUUGGGGACCAAGAAUGAAAGCUUCUUCAGGAAGGGAGUUGCUGGGGACUGGAGCAAUCACAUGACACCGGAGAUGGCGCAGAGGCUGGACAAGGUUGUUGAUGAUGCAUUGCAAGGGACUGGAUUCGCCUUCUCGAGCACAACGUGA